AUGGAGGCGGCUCUGACCGAAUUUACACUGUUCCCUCAAUUACCAGCCGAGCUAAGGAUCAAAAUAUGGGAGUUGGUACCAAGACCUAGCCGCGUGGUUGGCGUUUUGCCUCCAGCCUCUAACUGGUAUCGUCACUACUACCGCGCAAUUGGCUCUAGAGCAAGCUCCGGCGGGGGGCAUCAAGCUUGGCAGCGCUACCAUUAUCGAUAUAUCGUUCAGCCCAGAGAACAUGCCAUAUUUCCUCUGCUUCAUGUAAACCGCGAGGCCCGAGACGUCUGGCUGCCACACUUUUUUCAACCUUCUCGCCAUUCUCGAGUAUCGGAUCUUGAUAUUGGAUUCGAUACGCCAUUUAUCAGCUAUGACACCGAUAUUUUCACAGUGUUUGAUGGGUGGCCGUCAAGAGGCAUCCCCGUGGAUGCUUAUCGCAGCCCCGUGAUACUUGACGACGACGACGAGCCAGUAGAUGGCUUUAUAGCCCUCGACCGAAGGCGAAUAAAAAACGUUGCGCUUUGUGAAAUCCCAGGCGACAUAACAUCUUUCACUGGCUCCGUUGCCAUUCGUCAAUUACCGAACCUGCAAAACCUAACAAUCCUGGCUUUGGGACCCAACUCGAAUUAUCGACCAGCGUCUCUCGCUUCUAAAAACGGCAGUGAAGACAGUCUACCAAUUCUCGAGAUGCUAGCAGUGGAUAUCCAGCGAGGUAGCUCUGAUAUCUAUGAGCUGCCUUUAGACUUGGUCCACAAGAGCCCGUUUCUCAACGGUUCGAGACUACGGCAUGCAAUAGCCUUGUCGCCCAGUAUACGCCCACUAUUUCGCUAUAAAACAUUCAUCCUAUCCUUAUUGUGGCAUGAACUUAGGCAAAAGAAUGCGGCAGAAGCAAUAUCGGCAUCGUGGUGGGAAUACACCGAGUACUUGUUUGAAGACUGCCGUGAAGAAGCACAGUGCCCUUUAAUGUUGAGCGGCUGCGGCAUUGAAGGCCAUACAAAACGCGAAAUGAUGGACUGGAAGCCUAAUUUUGAGAUUAAUUAUAAGCUUCUUUAUGCCACUGAGUGGAAAGAUGAGCUGAAGCGGAUUGGGGUCAUUAGAACAUGA